AUGCCGAAGCCAAUUCCGUACUAUGAAGCGCAGACGCCGAGCUUCGAAAACGGUAUGCUGGCGCAACUUUCUCGGUGCACCUUGGUCCACGGAGAAGAAUCGACUCAAGCCAAGGUUGCGGUGGCUGUAGUCGCAGUGUUGCAGUGCUUGCCUUUAGCCUCUUUGGUGGCUUGCCUUUUGCACGGCGUCUGGGUGCAUCUGCUGAAGGGCGGAAGUGCCUCUGUCAAACUGGGUGCUGUCCCCGUAGAGCUUGAGACCAUUGAAGCCAUAGAUGCAAAGGCAGCGGAUUUGCAAGACCAGAUUCGGCAUAGUCGAUUGGAAUCCUCACCCAAGGUGAAAUUCCAGCUUUGGAUGGAGUUUGUUGUUUUCCUGCUCGACUACCUGUCCGACUACAACUGCCUCCGAACUUUUGUCGUGGAGGAAGCCUACGGAGUGGCAGCCGUGCAGGGUGUUAUCAUCGCUGUUCCGGUAGCGUUAGACUUCUACCGUGGCAAGCUACAGCCAGUCCAAGUAUUCGGGGGCUUCGUGGAGUCACGGAAGCGCGGCUUUCCCACCGACGACUUCAUCCUGGCGCUUCGCUCGGAGAAGAGCGUGGAGGCCCCACUUUCCAUGUUCCUGCAGUUCUACACGCUGUUGCGGAGCACACGGUGCUCGUCCAUCUGGAGCCUUUGCAUCUCCAUGCCGCUGAGCAUCCUGGGCAUUGCAAAGCAUGUCCACGCGACCUUCGAGCUUCAGGUUUUGGAGGUGUUGGCAAGACAUCCAACCCAGCCCAGCCAGCCAGAGCUGCAAACCACUCCCCAGCACCGACCAGGGCACGAACCAGCUUCAGGUCCAUGGAGAUCAGGCGGCGACAACCUAUCAAUGCAAGGGCCCCCUCGUCCGCCAGAUUCCAUGCAGGUGAUUCCGGCCUUGCCUCCAGGCAUCGCACCCCGUGCCGAGCUUCUUCCGACCCUGCCUCCAGGCAUCGCGCCCCUUGCAGGACCUGCCGCAAUGCGAGGCUCACGUUGUCCGCCACCAGAUUCCAUGCAGGUGAUUCCGGCCUUGCCUGCAGGCAUCGCACCCCGUUCCGAGCCUCUUCCGACCCUGCCUCCCGGCAUCCCCCCCGUUGGCGCACUUCUUCCCAUUACGGUGGAGAUCUCAAAGGCGAAGGACACUGAGUAG